AUGUCUUCUGUUGAUCAACAGCAACAAGAAGAAUGGAUCAAAGAACAGCUUGAACUCAAAACACAACACAUCGAAUUUGAUGAUUUUGAUUUCGAGAUAUUAAUAAAUCCAGAUGAUGAUAGUUGUUCUUUUCAGGGAUUAGAUUUUGUUGGAGGUGUCGAUAUAAGCUUUGUACCAGAGAACGAGGAUGAUGCCGUUGCUUCAUUAGUAGUACUAAAUUUUCCAGAGUUAGAG